UUCCACCCCACCCCACCCCACCCCACGUGCCGUGCUCCGCACGUAAGUGCACAUUCCCCUCACCCCCCUCGCCGCGGAGCUGGUUCUGGUGCCCCGCCAUCUGAAUUGUGCCAUCGAGGGGAGCAUACGGCGAAAUGGCGGUUGCCGCGCUCCUGCGCCGGGGGGCGCUCUCGUCGUCGUGCCGCCAUGAUGUUUAUAUCCGUUGCCUUCUCUCCGAUUCUGAUCUACAUCCGUUGGUCAAUUCUGCCAAUUUGAGAUUUUGGAGGGGCAACCACAACUCUGGGAAGUUUGAUUUCACUGAUAUGACGCAUCCUCAUUUAUGGUAUCCAAAUGCCCGAGAAAAGAAGCGCAAUGUAUUUUUGCACGUUGGUCCUACAAACAGUGGGAAAACACAUAAUGCUCUCAAACGAUUAGAAGCAAGCUCUUCAGGUGUGUACUGUGGACCUCUAAGAUUGUUAGCACGGGAGGUAGCAGAAAGAUUAAACAAAGCUAGUGUCCCCUGUAACUUGACUACUGGACAAGAAAGGGAAGAAAUUGAAGGUGCAAAGCAUAGCUCAGUGACCGUUGAGAUGGCUGAUGUGACGACUGAGUAUCAAUGCGCUGUUAUUGAUGAAAUUCAGAUGGUUGGCUGUAGAACAAGGGGUUGUUCAUUUACACGUGCACUUCUGGGGCUUUGUUCAGAUGAGCUUCAUGUUUGUGGUGACCCAGCUGUUGUCCCUAUUGUUCAGCGAUUGCUUGAAGCUACUGAUGAUGUGGUUACGAUUCAAUAUUAUGAGAGACUAUCUCCUUUGGUUCCUUUGAAGUCUACACUUGGAUCUUUCUCAAACAUCAAGGCAGGGGAUUGCAUGGUAACGUUCUCACGGCGCGAGAUAUAUAAGCUUAAGAAAAAAAUUGAAAUGGCGGGAAAACAUCUUUGCUCUGUAGUCUAUGGCUCAUUACCACCAGAAACUCGAACGAAACAGGCGACAAUGUUCAAUGAUGACGCCAGUGACCUUAAUGUGCUAGUGGCUAGCGAUGCUAUUGGAAUGGGUCUUAAUCUGAACAUUUCUAGAAUUAUUUUCUCUACACUGAAGAAGUUUGAUGGUAUCUGCACCAGGGAACUGACUGUCCCUGAGAUCAAACAGAUUGCUGGCAGAGCUGGGAGAUAUGGGUCUAAAUUCCCAGUUGGCGAAGUGACCUGUUUAGACGCUGAAGAUCUCCCGUUACUGCACUCAUCCCUGAAGUCACCUUCUCCCAUUAUAGAGCGUGCUGGACUUUUUCCCACAUUUGAUUUAUUGUCUGUGUAUUCACGAUUACAUGGAACUGACUUUCUUCACCCUAUAUUGGAACGUUUCUUGGACAAGGCUAAACUGUCUCCGGACUAUUUUAUUGCCGAUUGCGAAGAUAUGCUGAAAGUUGCUGCUAUUGUUGAUGAGUUGCCUCUUGCGUUGCAUGAUAAGUACGUCUUUUGUCAAAGUCCAGUGGAUGUGAGGGAUGAUAUAUCUAUUCAGGGAUUAACACAGUUUGCAGAAAACUAUGCAAAGAAAGGCACAGUUCGGCUUAAAGAAAUAUUUACACCUGGAACACUGCGGGUGCCUACAACACACAAUCAACUCCAGGAGCUUGAAUCUGUUCACAAGGUCCUAGAGUUGUAUGUGUGGUUAAGCUACAGAUUUGACGACUCUUUCCCAGAUCGUGAAUUGGCGGCUUCCCAAAAGUCAAUAUGCAGCAUGUUGAUUGAAGAAUACCUUGAGAGGUCAGGAUGGCAGCCACAAGGACAAAGAAGGUUUUUGCAUACUCCACGGAAAUUGCGCCAAGAAUAUGAUGCGUCACAAUUGCGUGGGUAUUUUCGAGAAAUUGACGAAAGAUCAAAAUAGAGGCUGAUUCAAGAAACAGUACCUCGCCGUAUUUGCUCAAUAUUUGAGGAAAUGUCCAGGGCAUGCAUCUGACUAUUCCUUCUGGAUAUGUGAAAUGUCAUCACCGGCAAGCAGCGAUAAAAUGACACCUGUGUGACAGAAGAUCUACUUGGACUCGCCUUUCAACGUCAUUGAAGUUGACCUUACGUAGUCAAUGUGGCAGCACAUAAUAUUAUUCUCUAUCCAUCAGAUUUGUACUAGCUCUUUCAGUAGCACUUUCUGUAACUAGUACAAAUGGAAUUAUACAUUACAAGUAAAAACACAAGGUGCAGGCAUGAAGAACCAUUUGUCAUAUUGCAGUUCACCGUUCCAAAUUAUUUGAAGUUCUAGCUUUGUCCUAAGUUGAACUUCUUUAAGUUUGACCGAUUAAUUUCAGUAGUUUCCUCAUAAAAUACGUUUCCAUACUAUAUGUAUAUUUGAUGUUGUAAAUAUUAGCACAUUUUGCUUUAGACAUGGUAAACUUUAUUAAAAUUUGACUUAGGACAAAGCUAGAACUUCAUAUAAUUUGGAAUGGUGGGAGUAUAUGCAAUGACGACAAUUUCCAUGCGUGUAACUCUAUGGUAUCAGAAAGGCAUUAAUGUGUU